GCGCGCGAAACGGCCGCCGCGGCGUCGCCCAGUCAAAGCGGUCCCCUCCCCGCCCCCCACGCGACUGGCUCUAAACCGGAAGCGUAUCUAUCUCGCGAAAGGGGUGGGACCGAGAAAUUGCCCACGCCGGAAGAACGCAUCGGGAGCCCCGCCCUCUUCUGUCUGUCUGUCUGUCUGUGUCUCUCUCUCUCUCUCUCUCGCACCUGCCACCCCACCGCCUAGCUCGCUUAACGGAUUAAACUGCUCAGGGCCUCUUAAAGGGACCGAGGGAGGAAGCAAGCCAAACGCCUUCGCUGUCUCGCGCCCUCCGCCCGCCCUUCCAGUUCAGCCGAGGGACCUCUUGGCUUUCCGUAGCCACGCCCCCGAUCUCGGCUCGCGGGAGCCCAUUUUCCCAGUGUCCUUUGCGCGCACGUCCCCCUCUGCUCCCACUCUGUAGUUUCCAUCCUCCUCAGGCCCUUCCGUUGGAUAAGCCCUGACCCCACGCGCGCUUCUUUUUUCUUUCCCCCUUCGCCCCCCGCUUUGCUUUUUGCCUCCCGCUGAGGGGAGGAAGAGCGGGAGGCGGCGGCGGCGGCCCUCAAUUCUCCCCACAACCCGGCCUGGAGUGAGUUUUUUGUUCCGGCCCAGCCGCGCGCGCAGGGCGCUCCUCCUUACGUGUCGGUGAGCCUGACUUUCGACGGAACCCCUUUUCUCCCAUUGCCCCGCAGGGCGGCCGCCGCCCCCCGCCCCUCCUUCCUCUUCCCGUCCGCUCCUCCGCUAACGGUUCCGCUUAGACACCCCGCAGCCGGGAGGGCAGGCUCGCCGGAGCCGGGCCCGGUCCAGGGGAGGCGAUGUCAGGCGGGGACUCGGCGGCCGCCGCGGCCUCCCCUCAGCCGCUCCCUUUCUCCCUGCCCAAGCCGCCUCCCCUCAUGCAGCUCAACCCCGGCGAGGGAGUGCGGCCCGUGGGGGCUCCCGGCCCGGAGCAGUCGCCCAAGAGCAGCCGCAUGGGAGGCCGCCCGGAUUGGCCGGCCGGGAAGCCCGUCAGCCUCUUGGCUCCCCUCCUCCCGCCUCGAGGGGAGCCCGAACCCCUCCUGCCCUUCGGCCCGUCUUCCCGCCAGCCGCUCCGGGGGAGGCUGCUGGGCAGGUGCGGAGGUGGCGGCGGCGGAGGCGGCGGGAGCCUCCUCAAUCCUUCGAUGCGACCAGGUGGCGGCGGCGGCGGUGGAGGAGGCGGCGGUGGCGGUAUGGGCCGAGAGCCCCUCAUGGUGAGUGGAAUGGUUGUGACUUGUUUUUCCCGCUGCGUUAACUCCCGCGUGGAGUUACCCGUCGCGCGUUCAUUCUGAGCGCUUUCAGCGUGAUCCUCAAACUCUGAAGUCGAAGAAUAGGGUACGGUUCUGGUCUAACCUGAGUGGUUCUGGUCUAACCUGGAGAUGGGUAGUUGUUAUAAGAGGUCCGGGGCAACUUGCAGUCCGGCAUAAUCGCCCUUCUCUGUUUCCCACGCCCUACACACAUCCCCCAAAAAAGAAAAAAGAGUGUACUUCAUGCUUCUAACAUAAUCGGUUUCUAAUAAUGGAGCUUUUUCUGCACAGACGUCUUGUCCUAUCUUGAUCUCUUAAGCACAUCAUGUCCGAAGUCCUUUUGUUCAAGUUUUGGGCCACUUCGUUACCAGCAAGCUGCUUAUCAAGUUAUGUAUUAAGUAGAUUCAUACUUUGAUUAACCUUGUGCUUUUCAAGUAGCUGGAUGCAAUGUGUGCUCAUAAAAUGAGAGAAAAGGGUAACUUUUUGUUUGGUGACAGUAAUAUGUAAAUUUGGCGUUGGGCCUCUAAGGUAGAAAAUGGCUGUUUUUAACAAAAAUUUUAGUUGCAAGUCUGUACAUAUGAAGAAUGGUUGAGCAAGGCCCAAUCAGGUAUUCAGUUUAGUGUCUGAAGACAAUCAUGAGAGGGGAGUGGGGGCAUGCUGGCAAGAUUUGUCCCCUCCUAUGCCUCAUCUUCCCCUCCAUUAUAGCCCACUGCUCCAGGAGUUGGAAGAUAAAGUUCUGUAGCAGGGAACCUCUUGUAUGUGGAGGUAUCAUAAAGGUCAGGUAAAGGUACCCCUGACCAUCAGGUCCAGUCGUGACCGACUCUAGGGUUGCGCGCUCAUCUUGCUCAAGAGGCCGGGAGCCGGCGCUUGUCCGCAGACAGCUUCCGGGUCACGUGGCCAGCAUGACUAAGCCGCAGCUGGCGAACCAGCGCAGCACACGGAAACGCCGUUUACCUUCCCGCUGGAGAGCGGUCCCUAUUUAUCUACUUGCACUUUUUGGGGUGCUUUCGAACUGCUAGGUUGGCAGGAGCUGGGACCGAGCGACGGGAGCUCACCCCACCGCGGGGAUUCGAACCACUGACCUUUCGAUCGGCAGGUCCUAGGCUCUGUGGUUUAACCCACAGCGCCACCCGCGUCCCACGGAGGUAUCAUAAAUUUAGGUAAUUGGUAGUGCUCACUUGCCAAUACAGUAAGUUGAAAAUAAUAUGCUCAUGAUUGUCAGGAUAGUUUCAUAUUUUAUGUUGUUCUUUUUUGCCCAUUACAGGGUAAUGGCCUGAAUGGCAAAUAGGUGUAUACAUGUUAGACACAUAAUGUGGGAAGUAAUCCAAUAAUAUGCUGUUUUUAGUAGUUGUAUUUAAUUCUAUUUAGUUUUUUAAACAAUACUGCUUGAGUUCCUUUAGGAAGUUAAAAACUGCAAUUCUAUCGAACAUGCAGCCCUCAUCCAAUUGUGGUUGGAUGCAGGAGACAUUGAGUAUCCAUCAUGACUUGCCAUGCACUACUUAAGUGCAGGUGGCAUAUCCUUCAGUUGGCCUUUAUAUUAAUACAGUGAGGAUUGGAGCUUAAGGCUGUUCUUCAGUAACAUCUCUAAAUGUGAUAAAAAUUUCAGGACAUUCUUGGUAAUCAGAUUGCUAUUUCUGUUUUUAUCGAGGCUGAGUCAAUGUUUAAGCUUUCUACAAUACUUUAACAUUAUAAAGAAAUUAAAAUUCAUAAAAGCCUAGCAGAUAGGGAGGAUACUUGGUUGGAUCCACGGGAAUCCUACUGUUAAUGAAAGAGAUGUUUAUACAAUAAAGACUUCUGUGAAUGAUAGUGGGGAGAGGUGGUAGUUUUUCCUGAUUGGAUCAGGGCAUCUACACCCAGUUUCAUUUGUUGGAGUCCAUAUUAAAUACAAACCUUUUUCAAAAAUUGGGGAAGUCCUGUUCAUGAAAGAGCAUUUUUAUAUCUCACACAAUGUUCUAAGCUAUACUCUAUAGCUCUAUAACUAUAUAGCUCUAUAACUCAAUGUUCUAAGUUACUCUAUAGGGUAAUGCUGCAAAAGAAUCAAAAGUUUGGGGUUUGCUUUUGUGGAAACUCUGGAAAGCAUUAAAAACCAGUGGACUGGAAUAUUAUAGUUUGAGAGUAAUCUACUUUCACGUUAGAAAACUUAAGAAGAAAUAUAUUGAUGAAUCCGAGAAUUUCAUGGAAGCAAACAACAUGUGAGGCCAUAACUUUAUUAUAGCAGACAACAAUACCUAAAUGACCUGACUUGGAACCCAGAGAGGUUAUUUCCAUUGUGUUUAUUAUCUUGGAAUCUUGAUCUGUCACGAAUAUUGUUUUUUCAGAUGGGACAUCCGGGUAUGCCUCACUACCCUCCCAUGGGAAUGCAUCCUAUGGGCCAAAGGCCACCCAAUAUGCCUCCAGUCUCUCAUGGAAUGAUGCCUCAAAUGAUGCCCCCUAUGGGAGGGCCACAAAUGGGACAGGUAAGUUGGUUUUUGUUGGUUUUGUUAAUAGCGUCUUAAAAGGUGCAUUUUGAAGCAUGAAUUUUAAUCCAUUUUAGGGUUUUCCGUAACUCAGUAGGUGUUGAUUACUCUGAGCUUCACAUCACUACAGUUUUUAAACUACCUUUUCUUUUCUUUUUGGAAAAAACACAUUAUUGACUUCAUUGAAUUGAAAGUUGUCUUGCAAGUAGACAAAUCACUUCUUCUCAGUUGAGACAUAUUUUAAUUCAUGUAACCAGUAGGUCAAAAAGAAGACAGAACCCUACCACUGUAAUGCCUUUUAUAGGAGUUCCUGAAUAUUUAUAGUUAUGGGGCCUUUGUGCUGUGAAGUGAAGGAGUUUAGCCCUUAUAUGAUCAGUGACGAGCAUAUAUCCUGUGUUCUCCUUGAGAAUCCGUGAGAGGUAUGGCCAGUGAGCAGUUGAGCCCUUUCUCUCAGCACUUUACUUUCCCUGUUCUCUCAAUUGUAGAGGUUGUAGCAUUUCAUUUGUCUCUUCCAUGGUUAUCUAGAAGAAUCAGAAAUAUUAAACUCUGUCUAGCAUUUGCUUCUCUGCUUCUCCAUCGUUGGGAGAAAUCCCACUUCUGACGAUAGUUAAAGAAGACUUUACUCUGCUUAGGAUUGCCCCCCGCCCCCGGCUGUCAGAUGCCUUUUCAGUAAAGCCAGCAGCUUCCAAAUAUUUCUUCCCUGAUGUCCUAGUUGAAGGCGAAUAAAGGGAACCCUGUCCUAGCAUGCAGUUCAUAGAUCAGAUUUGUGGGUGGCAUGCUUCCAGAUUAUGAACAGUGUGACAGCUUUUUAGUUCAGAUGCUUGUAGGGUAGCGUAAACAAGAACUAAAGAGGAGAAGGAAAGACAUGCAAAGUAAUUUGGGCAGUGAGUGUUAUUUUCUGUAAUUGCUCACUUUCAACGGUGAUUUUUACUACAAAAGCUUUGUAUUCUCCAGUGAAGCUUUGCUGGUCAACUUUCCCUUGGUUAAUAGUGUCAGUAAAAUUUCUAUCUUUCGGUGUGUAUUUUAGAGGUAAAUUAUUAGAAACAAUUGUUUUUAAGUAGGUCAGAAUGUGGUUUGGUAUCCAGAAUAUAGGAGUUUUGUAUCUUAAGAGUGUGGCUAUCCAUCUGUUUAGACUCCCACGUCUGCCCUCCCAUGAACUUUUAUCUGUUUGUUUAGAACCUCUCUCCUUGUUGCUUUUGGGGGCAAAUACCCAUAGUUCCACUGGGAAUGUACCCACAGUAUUUUGUCAUAUUCCAUUGGACCUUUUCCCUUAAUUUAAAUAACAGCUUGUUCCUACUGAUGAUAGAAUUCACUUUCUUCUGCCCUUGGUUUAUAGUGACCCUGAACUUGAAAAUUGUGUGCAUAACCCAUAAAAUUAAUGUUGCCUCAAAGUAGUUAAAGCAGGGCUGUUAAACACACAGUUAACAGGCUUUAUAACCAUGUAUUGUGGCCCAUCAUAUAUUGGAUAAACAUUGAGUUUUUGUGGCUCACCAGGAUCAGAACAAACUGGAUUUAUCAAGUUCUGUUAAUGUGGGAAGCAUACAGCUUGUGUCCUGGAGGCUAUUAAUCUGGCAUCUCUGAAUUAAGAAAUCCUUUGUUUCAAAAGCUACUUGGAUAGAAGCUUUUAGGGAGCAUCUCUAACAUGGAACACAAUUAUUUGGAAGCAGCAGUGGGGCAAGACUCCUUUCUUCUCCUGCUUCUACAGGAUGGUGGGGAAUGGGAGGGCCACUCCCAUUCUUUCUUCUCUUCCUCACGCUUCCAAGAAAACCUUGUGGAUUGAGGGUGGAGCAGUAGCCCUACCAAAUACCUCUCCCUCCACACAAGAUGGAAGGUAAGAGGGAGCAGUAACCUGAUGCUCCCUGAAGAUACAUGGGAAUGGGGUCACUUGGCCAAUCCUCCAGGGACUGUCACUUUAUAGUGGGGGGUGAUUUCCCAAGAACUUUUUGUGGGGCUUGCCAAUCAAAUUGGCUGAAUAUGGCCAAUUAAAUACAUUACACGCAUAUGUAAAGUCCACUGCUCUUGUUGUCAUCCACUUGUUGCAGUCCCCCAAUAAGGGCUGAUGAAAAAAAUCGGAAAUAAAACUUCUAGCUUUUCUACAAAAUUCAUUUCCAGUUAAAAUAUCAUGUGCAUACACAAACAGAUUAAUUCUUCAUAGUAACUGCAUUGGGUCUCUGCCUUGAAUGGCUUUUGCUAGACCCCCACAUAACCGUUGCCUUGCAACGUCCCAAUGUGAAGAAUAGCCCCCUUCAGCAUAUUUAUGAUGCUUUCAGGAACAAGGGCAGUGUUGUGGUUUUAAGCAGCUACGGUAGUUUGCAUCCCUGUUGCAUGCUUUUCUCAGCUUUUUUUAACAGUUCAUGUUUUUGAACCCUGCAGUCAUAAUUCUUAAACUUUAUAGUACUCUUCAUCUUGGAACAUCUUUGCAAGCAUAACUCUUACUCCAGCCCUGUGAGACAAGUUCUUCAGGUAUUAUCCUCUGUUCAUAGAUGAGGUAAAUGAGCCCUCAAGAUUAUUAGAGUUUACAUAAGUCACAUGGAUUGGGUUUGGGAACUGGAAUUAGAUGCUUAAUUGAUUUGGGCCCCAUUCCUACAGUGUUUCAUGAAUAGUGCUAAUAUUUUGGGUUAUUUAAUAUUAAAACACUGAGUUUUGGGAGCCCUGUAUUCUUGAGAGAACCUUUCUGCUUUCCCCUCCACCCUGAAACUUCACUUCCUUUAUCUUUUGCUUUGGGUACCCAUUUGACAGACCACUAUGAGUAGCUGAAAAAUCUUGCCCUUAUUUGUUGGCCCUCUAGCUAAUAAUCCCAUGCCCACAGAAAUUCCUCUGAUCACGUAAGACCUUAAAAUUUUGUACCCGGAACACCAUUAAGCUAUUGGAUAAAUAUUUUGUUAGGAGUAUAAAGCACUUUACAUAGUUAUAUUUCUUUGUUAUGCCCCAAUUUAUUUAUGUUUGAGCAGGAUUAAACACUAUUUCUAUUAGCAUAAAAAGUUACAUAUGUAGCAAUUUGUAUUAACUUGUAAACACGUACUAUAAUGAUACUUUUAUUGUAGAUGCCUGGAAUGAUGCAAUCAGUGAUGCCUGGGAUGAUGGCACCCCAUAUGUCUCAUGCUCCCAUGCAGCCUACAGGGCCGGUAAUUAUUAAAUCUAUAUUUUGUGAUUUUAAACCGUUGACUAACUGUACUUUAUUUUUAACCUAACAUACAAUGCAUAUUUUUUCACCUGUUUGAAUAAUUUUCCAGCUAUGUUGUUAUGGGGGGGUUAUGUUAAUGGCUUAUUCUUAUUAUAAGGUACAGGAGUGUGUGAUUUAUUUCCUACUUAAUGUCAGGAGCAGUUGUCGGGAAUAAAGCACCCAGAGUAAGUGAAAUUAACUCUUUAUUAGCAGAAAUGUCUGUUCAAGAGCGCUAGGCUUGAUGAGCACAGCAAUUCUUCUCAGUAGAUCUUGUCCCUGCGAGGCAGUUGUAGAGGCUGAAAGUCCCUGCCUUCCCACAGCUGCCUAAAUCAUCUCUCCCAGGUCCUUCCCAAGCAUUCUGAGACUAUGCUGACAUGCCUGUCACUGCUGCUCUCUCUUCAUAUGUCUUCUGGUCCUGGGAGACCCAGGGGAGGAGAACUUGUAGUAGCAGGACAGGGAGGCACCCUGGCUUCUUCAACAGCCUGACAUCUCUGCCUCUUGGCCUCCCUCCUCUCCUCCUGAUUCUGGACUUCUUUCUGUCACAGACUGUCCCUUCUCACUAAGCUAUACUUUGUUAUUCUAGUGCAGGGAUGGUAGAGUGCAACUCCCAUCAUCACUGACAAAUAGCCAUGCUGCUUAGGGCUGUUGGCAGUACAGCAGCCUCAAGGGUCAUUCUAAGUAACAUAUUGUGCACAUUGCUUACAAUAGCCCACUCUUCAACGGUAAAACAUAAAACGGUAAACUUUAAAGAUUAAGUAAACAAUUGUUUAAAUAAACUACAGUUUUUCUUAUCAAAUGUAACAACAAACUGUGGUUAAUUUUAAAAGGUACUGGAUUCUGCCAUAGUCUUGAAACUGUAUCAGAGGUGGAGAAGACGAGAGAGAUGUCUAGUGCUAAACUAUAUGUUAUGUCUUCAUAAUUCAGUUUCAUGCAUUCAGAAUAAGUAAAGCUUCCUAAAACACCUGAAUAGCAGCUUCAGGGACCCAGGGAAUAUUUUUACAGCAUCAGAGCUAUGCUUAAAGCAGCAAAUGCUAAAAGAUAAGUGGCAAAACAAAAGUGGCACACAAAAUGACUUCUCCAUUCUCUUCCCCCCCCCCCCAGCCCCUUCCCCCCUGUUAGAAAAACAAAAUAAAUCAAAUUUUAUUAUGUGACAACUUACCCGAGCAGAUAGUCCUGUAUUGAAGGAUUCUUGAAAUAAUGUGAGGUGAUGUGAAAGGCCUGGUGAUGUCAUGAGCCUUGUCACCCGAUUGUGCUGCUGAACAUUUAAGGACAAGGCUCCCUCGGGAAAUUUGUUUAGCUAUGGCAUAUUUAUAGUAUAAAUCUAAAGGCUUUUUUCUGGUUAGGUCAAAUUAUCAUAAAAAAAAAUUCAUCACCUCUCACUUGACUAACAUAGUGUUGCUAUACUGUUGCAUCACCUUCACAGUAAUUAAUUGGAAUAACAGAGAGCAACUCAUAGGAUUUCAAUUUCAAGAUUAAUUGGUUCAAUCUUUUGAAACAGUCCUUUGAAGAUUUUCCAAGUUUAGCGGUUGGCAGAACAAUAAUAUGGUUCACCAAGCGCUUGUUAACGAAUUGCAUUAUCUAGCCAUGUUUAGUGUCGGCUUCAUCUUUCUCAUAGCUCCUUUUUAGCAUCCAGGAGAAUGAGGCAUGUCGUAGCAGACAUUUGAAAAUCAUAUUGGAAGCGCUAUCAAAAACAUGACUAGUAGGGCUGCUUUGAUAGUGUGAUGUGUAGCUUUAUAUACAGGCAGCAACCAUUUCGUGCAGAGGGUCCGUUCCCAGCCCUUGCACACAUUGGUGGAGCACGGAUAAGUGCGCUCCAUUACACCACACCACACACACUCAUCGGCGAUCGUGUGUCAAUUGGAUGUGCCUAAAAUGGUCACCACCCACAUAGCAGAGUUGCUUCUUAAGCAGGGGUUAGGUUUCAAAGCAAAAACUACCUUAUCAAAUUCCCAGUAUUACCUUGUUUGUAGUGCCUUCCUCAGUCUCUGUAUUUUCUCAUUGGCUGUUGGCUGGCAAGGGGGCUUUCCUACUGGCUGACAAGUGGCAGAGGGCUUGCAGGGACACCUCCAUUGCUCCACUACCUCUCUUCACUUCUCCACGUGUGAGUGACCUACCGAAGUUGGGAGGGGGAGGCAGAAAGAAAUGCAGGCAGAGGAAAAAGGCUGGGGUGGAUUCUUAAAGUUGCACAUAGGAUCCUAACUUCUUUAAAAUGGAAAAGCUUCAUCAUCCCUUGUUCUUCACUACCAUUACUUCAUUUUGCAAAGCUGUGAUAUGUUACUCACUGGUUGUGGUGGCAAAAUAAGGUUGGUGGUUGUUUACCAGGGGGUAGGCAUUACAGGGCAAUGUCAUAAUGUAGUACUGGGUUUAAGUCCUCAGUGGGACGAGAGUGUGUGAGAGAGGGAGAUGUUGUCUUGUUAAUAUUUUACGUUCCAAGAGUGAUUUCUGUCUAUAAAACAGUAACUGCUACCAAGCUCCUAUAGUUGAAUUUGCUCAAGUUAGCAUGUAAUACAUCGUGUAAGUUUUAACUUUUUUUUUUUCCCUACAGCCAGGAGUAAACAGUAUGGAUUCUCAAAUUGGUAUGUAAAAAGAAUUCACUAUUUAUUUAACCAGAAAAGGUUCAAAACUAAAAAGAAGUUUGUUAAUAAUAAUGUGGGUUAAAAUUAAGAGUUUAUUCAGUUACAGGCAACUCCUCUUUUAUGUGGGGGUUCCAUUCUGAGGUACCAAACGUGUCAGCGGGCCGUAAGUGAGCCUUCCACCCCCAUUCUGCCCCUUUGUGGUACCGAAAAUGGUGCACAUGCCAAACAUGCACAAAUGCCUGUAUGUAAGGAGAAUUUGAAAAUAUGCCUUCUUCCUAUUUACUAAUUCUCAAUGAACUAAAACAUUGAGGUGCUUCCCACUCUGUUGACAAGGAGGUAGGAUUUUUUUGUGGAAGGAUUCAUCUGGGAUUGAAGUAUGAUGCACCUCACACUAUGACUUGAAAUUGAAAGAGUUUGUUCAUUUACCAAUGGAGAAUUUCACCAGCAUCUUUCCCUCUUAUUUCCAGAGAGUGAGUGUAGCAUCCUUGCAUACCUAAAACAUUUACAUGCACAAGAGGGAAAUUUCACUAGGCUUGGGAACCCUGAAGUUUACAGAAGCACAAAAAAGUUAAAAAAUAACACUUUUGGCAAAGUGGGAACCCCAAAAAGUGGGAACCCCAAAAAUAUCCUUAUAAGCUCUGAGCUUACCCACAGGCCAUGUAAUGCUGACUGAUUGAUGGGGAAGGAAUGGGAAAUGGGAAAUCAAAUGGGAAUAUCAUGUAGGGAGACAUGGCUGUCUAUGACUGGAACACUGAACAGGAGCAUUGCAUGUUACAAUGUUUUGUUACAGGUCCCAGUUUUAGCAUGUGAGUAUUGUCUCUUGAACGUGCUGGAGUUGAAUAUAGUGACUCUUGCAUAGAACUGUGAACGUGACAGUUAGAUCUUCAUCGUUGUCAACAUUGUGGAUCAUUAGAUUUUGAGCAUUCAUUUCAGAUUCUGGCCUUCCUGUUCUGAGAAAAUUAUUCGUUUGAAGCUCAAAGUAGGCAGGAGUAACUGAGAGAUUCUUGAAAUAUUCAGUGAGCUUCAGGGGGAAAGCUUUUAUAACAAGAAGUGACUGGCUGCAUCUACUAUCUGCUCAUUGCCAGAAUGUAAAUUCAUAAUACAGUCUGCUUGAAAUGGUUAAUUGUAAGUCACUUGUAAAAUUUAACAUGUAUGUUUUCAUGUGGUCUUAAAGUCUUUUGAGUCACAUUAAAAGCAAAUGUGGAGGUGUGGAUUGUUCUGGUUGUGCUGAAAUAUGGUUUAUCAUUUUAUAUUUCAUAGGUUUAGCCCCCCCAGGAACUCAGGUAAGCAAGGAACUUUUGUUGCUUGGGCAAUUUAAUAAUUUCAUGUAUUAAACUUUGUCCAGUUUCCAUGAUUUUUCUCCCUUCCAUGCUAAGGCGAGAUUGCACCUUGCCCUGUGCAUUGGAUGCCUGGGUUCCUUUACAUACCUUCCAAACAUCCACAUGUAUGCAUAACAAGAGUGUAUGUGCAUAAAAUACAACAACAUGGUUGACUUUUAUGUCAGCUCAUCUGAAACACGUACAUGAAUGAAACACAUUUUAUUUGCUCCCAAAAGUUCACUUUCUUUGGAGAGGUCCUUUUGGAGCUCCUCACAACUUCUCUUUUUUAAUGACCCUGAACAAUUUAAUGUUAUCAGCAAUUUAGCAACUUGGCCACCUCACUACUCAUCAUUUACUCUAGAUGCUAAUAAACUAGUUUUGAAAGCACAGCUCCCAAAAUCAGCCCAUAGGGGACUCCUUCCAUUCAUAGAACUGCCCAUUUAUUCCUACUUUCUGCUUCCUGCUACUAAACAAUAUGUGAUCCACAAGAAGAGAUCUCUUCUACAUCCAUGACAUCUAAGCUUAUUCAGAAAGCUUUGGUGAGGUAUCUUGUUGAAACCUUUUUGAAAGUCCAAGUACACAAUGACAAUCGGUUCACCUGUAUCUAUAAUGUGCUCUUAAAGAACUCAUAAUAUGUUCGUGAGACAACUUGCUGAGAACAGAAACAGAUGCUUUUGAACUGUUACUGGGUAUGGUGGGGGAGGUUUUUAGCAUCUUUCUGAAACUGCUGGGAGCUCUGUCUCUGUGUUUCCUCUGAAUUGGGAGAGGAGGUUGAAGGGCUAGGCUGGUGCUUGGAGGCGGUAAUGGCUAUGGACUAGUAAAUUAAAGCUGAAUUCUGAAAAGACAGGUGCUAUAUCUUCAGAGCUUAUGAGUCUGGAAAGUGGGGAGAUGGUGUGUUCUGGAGGAGGUGAACUCCCCUGGAAGGAGCUGUCAUUGGAUGCCACCAUACCUGCAGCAUUCUAAGCUUCCCAUUGACCUGAUCAAGCAGUCUCUUUGUAUGUUCUUAUCACAGUCUGCUCCUGGAGAUGUAGUGGCAUCUUGUGAGCAGGAGACUUGGAGAGGGCAGCUAGGACUGCAGACUGAGGAACAGGAGUGCUAGAUAGUGGUGGUCUUUGUAGAGUUGGUAGCUAUCACUUCCCACAAGAUCCAGAAGACGUCUGCUUCACCUGACUACAGAUUUCAGGUGCAGAUGAGUUUUGCCUGGACUUCACCUUUGCAGUUAUUCUGGCGUGAGUCCUCUGACACUGGUUGGGAAUGCUAAUGCCACUCCUAGUAGUGAAGCCUAGAAUUAAUGAACCAUGCAUGGCUUAGCAUUGCAUCCGAAUGGGACCAUUUUACAGAUUGGGGGUAUGCUGUACUUAUAGCUGUGUAUUCUUCUGUUUGCAAUCUUACAUUGUUUUAAAGAAAAAGUAAGCUGCUGUAUUUUCUUCAGAAGUGUGCUUUCCUCUUUAAUAUUUAGCCUACACCUCCAGUAGUUUGUUCAGUGCAGCAAGUCACCCCGGCCAACAGCUCUGCUAACGAGGAACCUUCGAAACAGGUAUCAAUUUACCCCUGUAGACAUUUUUUGGCACUUUGUCUUGCACUUCCUAGACAUGUUGCAGAAUUUAUUGAUACGAAGCUUUGUUUUUCAUAGAAAUCUAUGUGGUCAGAGCAUAAGUCACCAGACGGAAGAACAUACUACUAUAAUACUGAAACAAAGCAGUCUACCUGGGAGAAACCAGAUGAUCUCAAAACACCUGCAGAGGUAAAAUAAACAAAUUGAGAAGAGUGCCUAUUUAAUUGACCAUGUUUUCAGUGAGUAUAAAAUGCCUUUUAUCGCUGGAGUGUGUGCCAGUUUUCCUUUCCAGCUGCAGCCAUUCGUGCCACAUUGAAUCCUACUCUGGAGAGUUCCCUAAACUUCAGGAUUAGCUUUUUGAGGGGCUGCAGUGGGAAGAGGGUGCCCCAAAAGCUCCAUUACAGGCAUGGUAUUUCACGUGCAGCCCUUUAUAUUUUGUCCUUUGUUUCUUUUGAUAUGGCUUUGCAUGCCUCUCCUUUGAUUUUAUAGGCAUUUUUAAUAUAUGGCGUGUCAUAUUACGGAAUGAUUUUUAAAACGUUUUUUCUAAACAUUCUGUUCUCUAGCAAAUGUUGUCAAAAUGUCCGUGGAAGGAAUAUAAGUCUGAUUCUGGAAAGCCUUACUACUACAAUUCCCAAACAAAAGAGUCACGCUGGGCAAAACCCAAGGAACUUGAAGAUCUUGAAGGUAAAUUUUGUGGGACCUUUUUUUCUGUCUUGAUUUAUAGCUAGCACCUAUUGGGUAUAAUCCAGGGCUUGGCUAACCUGUGGCCUUCCUGAUGUUGUUCAGCUUCCAUCAACCACAACCAUCAUGGCCAAAAUGAUAGUGGAUGUUGUCAUGCCGCAACUUCUGGAGAGCCAAAGGUUGCAAUCCUGGCAUACACCGUAUUCUCUGGGUAGCAGAGAUAACUCUAGUCAUUGAAGUCAGGAUUGGAUGCUGUUAUAUAAUGAAACUGUCCCUAAUCUAAUAAAUGUCUUUAUUGGGGGAGGAAAAGAGAGAAUAUGUUGGCUAAGCUGUCAUGGACAAAGACGAAAAUAACAUAAUUGACCACAAUAGCUAUUGUGGAAUCACUUGAAAGAGCAGCUGUCACCCAGUAGUAGUAGCUUCCUUCAGUAAUUUUUAAGUGAGAGAAUUGUUGCCUCUAUUCCCAAGUUCCACGCAGACGCCACAGUCUUACUUUGCAGAUCAAUAUUUUGAUACAAUUUAUUGCAUUUGGAUCAGUUUAGUACUUGUCUUAACAUACUUUAUCUUCUAAUAUGCACUUUUAUUCAACUUAUAAAUAAAUCUGACAACAAUUUAUUUCUUUUGUGCAGCAAUGAUUAAAGCUGAAGAAAACAGGUAUGUUUGAAAAUAUUUUACUCGAGAAAAAUUCCAUGAGCUGGAAUUUUAAAAUAAGGGUGGUAUCAAUACAACUAUAUUUACACUAGCUGUUUGUGGGUAGAACAGACUUCCACUUGCACACUAAACUUCACCUUCCUCUGCUCGGCUGCCUCCACAUGCAUUAUUGCCAAUAUUGGGGGGUGGGGGGUGGUUGUUGUUGCCUUAAACAGACAUUUUAUUUCAGAAUCUCCUGAGUAUUUCUUAGUACUGAAACAUAUUGUUGUUUAGUCAUUUAGUCAUGUUCGACUCUUCGUGACCCCAUGGACCAGAGCAGCCCAGGCACUCCUGUUUUCCACUGCCUCCCGCAAUUUGGUCAAACUCAUGUUGGUAGCUUCGAGAACACUGUCCAACGAUCUCAUCCUCUGUCGUCCCCUUCUCCUUGCGCCCUCAAUCUUUCCCAGCAUCAGAGUCUUUUCCAGGGAGUCUUCUCUUCUCAUGAGGUGGCCAAAGUAUUGGAGCCUCAGCCUCAGGAUUUGUCCUUCUAGUGAGCACUCAGGGCUUAUUUCCUUCAGAAUGGAUAGGUUUGAUCUUCUUGCAGUCCAUGGGACUCUCAAGAGUCUCCUCCAGCGCCAGAAUUCAAAAGCAUCAAUUCUUCAGCAAUCAGCCUUCUUUAUGGUCCAUCUCUCACUUCCAUACAUCACUAAUGGGAAAACCAUAGCUUUUAACUAUACAGACCUUUGUUGGCAAGGUGAUGCCUCUGCUUUUUAAGAUGCUGCCUUGGUUUGUCAUUGCUUUUUUCCCAAGAAGCAGGCGUCUUUUAAUUUUGUGACUGCUGUCACCAUCUGCAGUGAUCAUGGAGCCCAAGAAAGUAAAAUCUCUCACUGCCUCCAUUUCUUCCCCUUCUAUUUGUCAGGAGGUGAUGGGACCAGUGGCCCUGAUCUUAGUUUUUUUGAUCUUGAGCUUCAGACCAUAUUUUGCGCUCUCCUCUUUCACCCUCAUUAAAAGGUUCUUCAAUUCCUCCUCACUUUCUGCCAGUCAUCCAGUCCAGCCUUUCACAUGAUGAAUUCUGCAUAUAAGUUAAAUAAGCAGGGAGACAAUAUACAGCCUUGUCAUACGCCUUUCCCACUUUAGAACCAAUCAGUUGUUCCAUAUCCAGUUCUAACUAUAGCUUCUUGUCUCACAUAGAGGUUUCUCAGGAGAAAGAUGAGGUGAUCAGGCACUCCCAUUUCUUUAAGAACUUGCCAUAGUUUGCUGUGAUCAACACAGUCAAAUGCUUUUGCGUAGUCAAUGAAGCAGAAGUAGAUGUUUUUCUGGAACUCUCUAGCUUUCUCCAUAAUCCAGUGCAUGUUUGCAAUUUGGUCUCUGGUUCCUCUGCCCCUUCGAAAUCCAGCUUGCACUUCUGGGAGUUCUCGGUCCACAUACUGCUUAAGAGUGAAACAUAUACAUUACCUAAUAGAGGAGGGGGAUUUGGGAACAGAUGGACAUAGUUGUUCACUUCGCCUUUUCUUUCAAACAAAUUGCAGAACUGGCUUUUUUUAAUUAGCAUGGCAAAUUAAGCUAACUAUUAGUCUUCAGCACUGCAUUCUGCAAACCUAGAAGUCUGCAGUUUUUUUCAUAAUGUGUAAGUUUACAUUGGACAGUUGGAACCAGUAAUCUGAAAGCCAUAUACAUCAGACCCUACCUUAUGGAACUCUACCAGUAGAGAGCUGGCAGGAACUAUCCUUCCAUUCAUGCUUUUCCUGAAAACUAUGUUGUUUAGGCUGGCCAAUUGCACUCUAGAAGAUUUAAUGAUGUUUUUAAUGUUAUUUUUAUGCUGAUUCUAUGCUCCUUGAAUUUUUAAAAUGAAAGUAUGUAUUAUAAAUAUAUAAUUAAAGACAUAAACCACAAUCCAGUAAGAAGGUUGUAGGCUGUCAAAAUCUGAAGAGAAAUUGGAUUUCCCCCAGAAUAAUUCUCAAUGAUAAAUGCAUUGUUCCUGUGAUUGGCAGGGUUAUUAACACAAAUAUGAUGUCUGCUGUUUAUGUAGCGGUAAACCAGAGGAAUCUGUUCCAACAUCGUCUGCAGUCGCACCAGGGGUUACAAAUGCUGCAGCCAUUGUUCCUGAAGCUCCUAUAGCUGCCCCAGCAGUCCCUGCUGCUCCAUCUCUUGCAUCGGCUCCGGAAACCGAGCCUUCCACUGUUGCUACUGUUAUAGAAAAUGAAAGGGUCACUGCUACAGCUGAUGAGCAGGUACAGCCAGCUGCUCCUGUUGUACAGGAACAGACUGCAGAAGUUGUGACAAACUCUGUCGAAGAAGCUCCUAAACAGGAAUCCUCAGAGUAAGUAAUGCUAUGUCUAGUUGGUGUGCACUAAUCUCUAUUUUUUUUCAAGACAGUACUUGGGGUGGGGGUAGGGAAUUGGAUUUGGCAAAAAAAAAAAAAAAGCGGGGAAUGCGAAAGGAAAUAACUCGCCUCCCCACCUUUUUACUGCUUCUGAACUUGUGUGCCUCACUCCCUUUUUUGUGCAUGAAUAGACUUGGUUAAAAUAAGGGUUGGGAAUUGUUUUGUACUCCAUAGCAGACAGAUGAGGAAAUUAGUGGAUACAGAGUCAACCCUCCCACUCCUUGGGAGCCUUCCUAGCAAAUUUGGAGUGAUUUCCCCUGUAGAUUAAUCUUUCUUUCUCCAUUCCUAAGUGGUAUGUUGUAUUGCCACUUAUAAGAGGCAGAAGCACCUAGUUGAUCUCCCUUCACAUCCAGUGAGUGGAGGGAGAUCAAGACUAGAUGCGGAAGGCUUUCAUGUGCAUCCUGGGAAAGUGAAAAGGCUUGGCAAGGUGAGAUAAGUAUGAAUGGACUUGACAGUACCAUGUCCAAGCCAUUAUUUUCUUCCUUUGGAUAUAUAUACGGGCAGUUCUGUGGAACAAAAGUUUUAGAACAUGUUUAAGUAUACUUUUUAAAUAGUGUAAUGUGUAGUUUGGCCAUUAGAAGGGUAUAUUUUAUUAGAGUUGGGAAACUAAAUCCCAAGGGCUGUAUUUCCCUCAUAGCUAAUCUUCCAGGCUAUGCUACCUCUUCCCCAUCCCCCCCUCAUGUCCACAUUCAUUCAAAUCCAAACAAAAACAUAUAUACACACAAAAAUGUAUUCAUUUGCAAGCUCAUUUGUACAUGCACCAUGCAGCACAUAGGCUGUGUAAACAGGUGCAAAGUGUAUGAAUUAGUUAAUGGAUUGGGUUUUGAAAAAAAGUCAAGGGCAUUUCAUACAUAACAGUCUUAUGAACGCCUUAUUAAAUUGCCUUCAGCCUUUACCUGAUUUGCAAGAAAACUAGCACAUUAGAGCAAACAGCUCUUUAAAAUUACUGGUCUGAUAACUACUGUCAGGUAUGAAAUUGCUUCUUCCUUCUCAGUGGAGAACCAAUAUAUUUUUAGUUCUGAAGGAAUCGGAACUACCCCAUCCCACAUAGGUCUAGAGGGUCUAUCGACUCUCAAGAGCUCUUUUUGGGGGGUGGGGGGGAGAGGCAGGGAGUUGCAUGGUUUGUAGUGGAAAGGAGGAGCCAGGAAAGCCCUGUUGCAUGAGCAGUGAUUUGCUUGAUCUUUUAAGGAUUUAACCCACUGGCUAGGAGCUGUCAGAUAAUGCUGUAUCCUGGAACCACAUUACGCCUGAAGUCUGUUUGGGUUCAUCUGUGUAUGCUGUCACUUCCUGGGAGACAUUAGCUCUAUUGUUUACAGUUCCCACUCUUAGUGUCUCUUACAUUUAAUUAGUACUGGUUUUUGCUAAAGCGGCAUGCUGUUCUUUAAAUCCAUAGUGUUGCCGCCAAAAAGGACGAAGAAGAUGCCCAGCCAGUUAAAAAGACCUACACAUGGAAUACAAAAGAAGAAGCUAAGCAAGCAUUUAAAGAACUAUUGAAAGAAAAGGUUUUUAAAUUGAGUCAACUACUGUUUAAAAUUUCAAGAAUUGCAAAUAUACUUGAGUUGGGAGAAUUGCUGAUUUUGAAAGAAACUUUAUGGAAUAACAUUCAUACUGAAGUAAACAUGGAAAGAAUAUUCUAGCCAAAAUGUACUUGGUAUAAACUUUCACAUCAUGCUCCAGUAUUGGUGAAAAAUUCUUACAUUUGUUUAGGUCUUUUGCGGGGGGCAGUGGGACCAAAGAAGGAAAGACAAAUGAAAUUUUUAUGUGAGAAGAGCAUUCUGGUGGCACAACAGUUCCACAUUUGCAGAAUUGGCCUGGGGAGGAGGGCAGAAUGAAGAGAAAGAAAAACGGUUGUGUUAAAAAACUUCAGUUAUCCACUUAACUCUUUGUAAAUUCUCACUCUGAAGAGUCUGAUGUUGCUUUAUUAAGUGGUAUUACAUCCCAAAUGUUACUAAUGAAACAUCACUGCAGAAUCAAAAGGACAAAGUCCUGUUUUUAUUAGCUUACCACCCUAUCAAAAAAAGUUAGAAAAUAAGGAAUGCAACACUAGUCAUAUUCACUCAUGAUAAGCCAUAAACAAAGGCUAAAUCAUAUACAAGACAAUCAUGCAUGCUUUGCUUCUCUUUACUAGCACUAGGGGCAAAGCAAAUGACAAACCCUGGCUUAGUGCUAUGUUUCAAUCAGAAUGUAGUUUGUUUCCUCUGUAUGGUAUAGGAAGAAACAAAGCAGUCCAGAUGGGUGUGUUAACAGUAAUCUGAUAACUAUGUAAAAAAAUUGUCCAGUAGUACCUUAGAGACCAACUAAAUUCUUGGUACAAGCUUUCUUGUGCAUGCACACUUCUUCAGAUACACUGAAACAGAAGUCACCAGACCCUUAUAUAUAGUGAUUUCAGUUCCAGUGUAUCUGAAGAAGUGUGCAUGCACACGAAAGCUUAUACCAAGAACAAACUUAGUUGGUCUCUAAGGUGCUACUGGACAAUUUUUUAAUAUAUUUCAGCUGUGUCAGACCAACACGGCUACAUACCUGAAUCUGUUAACUAUGGUUUGCUUUCAUGUACAAACUAAUUGAUGCACCAUUUCUAGAAGUGUAAGUAAAUUAUGAGAAGGCUAAAAAUACUCAUGAAGAUAGAAAGUGUCUUGUGUACCAAAUUUAUCAUUUCCUAGUUUUAUGGUAGUUUAUCAUUUUUACAGGAAAAGCAAAAAAAGUGACAGUCCUUUGUACAAAUAUUCUUUUAUUUUUAUAGUAAAAACAUACCAAGCAGAAUAUUUACCCACUUUUGCCACCAAAUAAUCUGAGUCAUUACAUUUGACAACUAUGCCCCACUGCACAAUUUAGAUGCAGCCAUUCUUACCUUAGCUAGCAUUCCUAAAGCUACCAUUGCACAAACAGAAGUACUGAUUUGAUCAGUUACAUGAUUUACUUCAUGUCUUCAUAGCGUGUGCCAUCCAACGCCUCUUGGGAGCAAGCUAUGAAAAUGAUAAUUAACGAUCCAAGAUACAGGUAUGCUGUUCUAUUUUCUUUUUGAUCAACAUGCUUUUAAUUAGUUGUUUGUAUAAACUGAUGUUCUGACAGCUCAAGUGAGCUCAUGGUUUGAAUGCUGCCCUAAUGUUCCUAUUUUCUGAUAUUUUAAAUCUUUUAAAAAUUGUGUAAGUUGUAUUUUUUUUCCUUCGUAUGCCACUUUGAGACACAUGUAAAAAACAAGUUAUGUAUAUAUUUUAAAUAAAUCAACAAAUUUAACUUGUUUUCCUCUUGCAUGGUUUUUUAAAACUGGGUUGUUGUUUUUUGAGGGGAAGCAAUUGUGUACUAAAUACUUUGAAACUCUUCCCCUGUGUGCAGUUUUAAACGGAAUCUUCAUAAAAUGAUCAGUUGUAGUUGGUACUGCAUUUAGCAAUAGGUUUAUGGCUUUUUUCUUUAAUUUGUAGUGCUUUGGCAAAACUAAGUGAGAAGAAGCAAGCAUUUAAUGCUUACAAGGUCCAGACAGAGAAAGAAGAAAAAGAGGAAGCAAGAUUAAAAUACAAAGAGGCAAAAGAAUCUUUUCAGCGUUUCCUUGAGAACCAUGAGAAGAUGACAUCCACUACCAGAUACAAGUAAGAUAAAUCUAAUGCAUAAUACUAGUUGUACAGUUCAAAAUUUAAAACUUGAGCUUGGGUAGACUUAAGAGGGGAAUGUGAAUUAAAAAACAACACUUUAAAAUACUGUUUCAAAUACUGUGCUAUAGGGAAUAACAAUUUGUGCAAAGUCACUGUUGCAAGGUGAUGUUCUCCAAUUUCUACUUCUGCUGCCCAUGCCUCCUGUCUGGUGCAGAUUUAUAUGGAGGAGGAGGACUUGGCAGAAAUCUAUUCCCUCCCCUUUUCUGUUGUGAGUGAAACUCCGACUCUGCAGCCAUUUGAAAGUCUAGAUACAAACCACGGUUGCCUCUGCAUUUCUACAAAGACUGCAGUGUAUGAGAAGUUGUCACUGAGACUGUUGGCAAAAUAUGUAUUGGGAAUGGAUGCAAGCAAGGAAGGGAUCCAUUCUUGUGUGUUUUAAAAAUACAAAAACCUUUCAUCAAAGCAAUGGGAGAAAAGAAAUGGCAGGAGCUGGAAUACAACACAUAGAAAUUUUAAAAAAUUCUAUAUUGUUAACACAUUCUUUUAUUUUAGUUGUGCAAGCUGGAAUGAUUUUGUAAUAUUAAACAUGAGUUACGUACGAUUACACAUUUGUACUCUCUUGGUUAUUCACACAUUUGGCAAGGAUUGGGAUGUUGGCUGACCAGUGGGAAAGAGCGGGAGCAAAGUGAUUUAUAGAGCUUUUUUUCUUCCUAUUUCUAUCUACAGAAAAGCUGAACAAAUGUUUGGAGAGAUGGAAGUCUGGAAUGCAAUAUCAGAACGUGAUCGUCUUGAAAUCUAUGAAGAUGUCCUAUUCUUCUUAUCAAAGAAAGAAAAGGUAAUUUAUUUCUUCAGAUGGGGGGCAUACACACCCACUUACUCCUCUUCCUCUUUUCUAUAGAUAAAUCUGUCUUCCUCUACAUUUUAACAAAUAUCAUAUCAAGAUUUUCUACAAAUGACAAUGUCUUUUCCUUAAUGUGGCACUACUUAAUUUAGUUCCGAACAAAAUAGAGCAAAAGCUUGAUGUGGUGGUUACACCAUAGGCAUUUCUUGAGGACAGUCUUCUAGUCUAUCCGGAAUUAUGCACGCAUCCUGGCGAUGCAAAGUAGUGUGAUGUCUCUUUCUUGUUCAGUGAUGAAGUUAUGUAGUUGCUUCAGACUGGCAGAUUUGCUACAAAAUGCCCCCUCUUAAUAAUCUGUUGGUAAUGUUUGAUACCGAGCAUUUUAGCAAAACAAAUGCCAUUAAAUGUUUCAUUUAACUUUUUCAGGAACAGGCCAAGCAGUUAAGGAAGAGGAACUGGGAGGCAUUAAAAAACAUCUUGGAUAAUAUGGCUAAUGUCACAUACUGUACUACCUGGUCAGAGGCUCAGCAAUAUCUGAUGGACAAUCCUACCUUUGCAGAAGAUGAGGAACUUCAGAGUAAGGAGACAGGGUUGUAUUCCACGUAGUGCUAAAGUUUUCCCCCUCUCCUUCCCCUCUGUGCCCCCUAAAUCUGCUCCAGGCUUUCUUCCCACCUCGGAGCAGACUUGGGGGCAGCAUGAGGAAGGAUUAUCCCAAUGCACUAGCACAAACAUUUAGUUAAAUACAACUCAAAAUACCCUGGUUCCUUUAUUGUCGGAAUUUGAUCUUGGUGAUGAUCUGAUGGCAACAGCAACUCAGAUCUUUAACCUUCAAUCUAGCUUGCUCCAGUUUAGAGGUGGUGUGCCUGAUAAAACAGCAUUGUUACUUUGGCAGUCAGGAUUUCCCAACUCACAUUGCUCUUGGUGGAGAAUGCAGGAGCCAGCACUGCACAGACUAUGAUCCAAUUCAGACCUAAUCAGUUUAUUUUCCUUUAUACGGUUUAGCAGUAUUUUUUGUUAAUAUUUUGUUCGGGGGGGUGCGCGCAGACAUGUAUAUAUAGAUAGAUAAUAUGAAUACAAACAAAGCACCUAGGUAUCUUGGGUUUGGAAAUCAUUGGAAGCUGCUGUUACUUUAAAAUCGAAAGCUUGUCAUUGGUAUAGCAGAAAUGAAGGGAGGGAGUGCAUGUUUCUGAGGCUUGCUACAGAUUGCUCUUGUAGUGAGAAAUUGCCAUUAAAAAUGUUGGGGCAGGCAGGGAUGUUGAAGGAGACUUGUCUGAUGUCAGAAGCCUGCUGUACUCCUAGAGGCUUCCUGUGCACAAGUGGCUCCAAUCUUCAGGCAGUUGCCCUCCAGAACUUGGAUGCUGAUGAGAAUGGUGCGGGGGUCGGGUUAGCACAUUUGCCCCAUGCCUGUUCCUUCUUUUCCCCCCUGAUAAUGUAACAUCUAAAGAGGCGGCUAUGGUUUCCUCUGAGACUUUAUAAAACUUACAUGAGAAACAAAGGAAAAGCUUUGCCAAAAGCAUUAGCCAGUUUUUUUUUAAAAAGGGCUUGCCUCAGCAUUGGGAAAGAUCCAGUUGUGUCAACAGGCACAAAAGGAUUCUCCCUUCCUCUCAGCCCCCCUCACCUCCUACCUGCUGAAGCAGAUUUUUUUUUCCAGGGGCAGGGGGCUGCUGUGGAGGAGGAGAGGAAGGGAAGUCAUGUUUGUGCAAGCAGAAGAUUGUGGCACAAGCAAAUUACCACAGUUGGACCUCACCCUUCAUUUUCUGAAAUGUUUGUAUGCUGCUUUUCUAGAUAUGGAUAAGGAGGAUGCAUUGAUUUGUUUCGAAGAGCACAUAAGGGCUUUGGAAAAGGAGGAGGAGGAAGAAAAGCAGAAGGGAUUGCUCAGGGAAAGACGACGGCAACGUAAAAACAGAGAAUCUUUCCAGGUUAGUGACAAAAUGAACUAUUAGGUUUGGGAUAGGUUACCAUCAAUCUUGGUAUUCUGUAAAGUGCAAAUAAUGAGUGUAGAUAAAUACUAAAAAAUGUUGCAGGUCAACAUUUUAUGGCUUCACCAUAGUCUGUUUUACCUGAAGAAAGUUUAUUUCUGAUUCAUCAUCUCCUCGCAUGUCUGUCACAGUAUGGCCCAUGGUCAGGGAUGAUGGGAGUUGUAGUCCAGCAUCAUCAGGGAGCACAGGUUAGCCACCCCUACUCAAGACUGCAGUCCUAACUCCACUUAGCUGGUAGUAAGUGCCACUGAAUUCAGUGAGACUUAAUUUCUGAGUAGACAUUAUUAGUAUUGCAGUCCUACGGGUAUGUUAGAUGUUUUUCCAUUUGAGGUCCACAUGCUAUAUUGUAGCAUUCUAUGGGGCAGUAAAAAUGACAGGGCCGACUCAUUGCCAUUUAAUAUACAGGAUUGUGAGAUUCCCCAUUUUCUACUGUUUCCUCUGCAGAUAUUUUUGGAUGAGCUGCAUGAACAUGGCCAGCUGCAUUCAAUGUCAUCAUGGAUGGAGUUAUAUCCAACCAUAAGUUCUGAUAUUCGAUUUACUAACAUGCUUGGUCAGCCUGGUAAGUAUAUUCUCUCCUGCCUGUAGAAAAUAAGAUGGAGGUAAUGUUUGUGCAUUUUUGGUAGAUAGAAGCAGGGUUACUAAUGUAAUAAGAAAUGCAACUCUUGGGUUAGCGGGAGGUUUUAACCGAUGUAGUUUCUUUCUUCAGGCUCAACAGCACUUGAUCUCUUCAAGUUUUAUGUUGAAGAUCUGAAAGCACGCUACCAUGAUGAAAAAAAGAUAAUAAAAGACAUCUUAAAGGUGAGGGGGAAUGUGUUUUUAGUUGCUGGGAGAAAACCAGUGUUUCCAGUCCAAAAUGAGUGGGUUUAGAUACCUUGAGCUGGGAUUCCACACUGUCAUGUUGUAACAUGAGUUUGUGUCAUCAAAAUUUGCUGUUUUGCAGGACAAAGGAUUUGUAGUUGAAGUGAAUACUACUUUUGAAGACUUUGUCACAGUCAUCAGUUCAACUAAAAGAGCUACCACUUUAGAUGCUGGAAAUAUCAAGCUAGCUUUCAAUAGUGUAAGUUGGGCUUUUAAAAAUCUAGAAUAUUUUUAAAAAUCCUAAUGUUAAGAAGACUUGAUAAAAUGUUUACAAGUCUGCAAAUAAGUAUGUAGUAUCUGUAUUGUCAAAUGCUAGAAUAUAAACUUAAUGAUGAUAGGUGGAAAAGUGUGGAAUUGAUGGGGCUGUUUAGACCUAAAAGCAAAUCACAGUUGAGGAGCCUCAGGCUUGCAUCCUACCUCCUCCACUCAGAUAAGUUUCAAUCAAAGUUUAGUGGCAAACUAUGAUGUAUCAGAAUUUGCUCUGUUAGUCAUUUAUAGAAUCCAAAUCAUGGGUGGUGCCAAAUGUUGCAUGAAAAGACCUCCACUCAUGCAACAUGACUUCCUCUUCUCCUUCCUACACACACACCCCAGAUCAGCUCCAGAUGAUUGAGGGACUCCCCAGAGGGGAUUCUGGAGGUGCUCAAGUGAAAAGAGAGGAAGGCAAAGUCCUACAUAGUGAGUGGGAAGUCUGUUCUACUCAUGAAUGGAUCACAUUAGGUUCAAUCACAUGAUUUGGUGGUGCGUCUGAACCACCAUUAUAUGUGACACAUGCACAGCAAAUAUGAGAAAAGUACUCCCUUGCAAAAUGGGAUUUGAUUGCUUUCCCUUUUUUCCAUUGCCCUUACAUUGAAUGGUCACUUGGUUUUGUUUGUAGCUGUUGGAAAAGGCAGAGGCUCGUGAACGUGAGAGAGAGAAAGAAGAAGCCCGCAAAAUGAAACGGAAAGAGUCUGCUUUUAAGAGUAUGCUAAAACAAGCAACCCCUCCAAUUGAAAUGGAUGCAGUGUGGGAAGAUGUAAGCAUUCCCAUUGUUAAAUGAAGUGUGUGUGUGUGUGUGUGUGUGUGUGUGUGUGUGUGUGUGUAACUAUAACUAUCAAAAGUAAUGAACAGCAGCAAUAGACCAAUAAUAGUUAAAUGUAUCGUUCUAAGUAAAAUUUCUUUUAAAUGAAAUUAGAAAGACUGUAAAUGGAAUAAUAAAAUAGGUGAAGUGCUUGCAGGGAAAUAAAUUGAAAGAUUUUAAUGCAAGUGGUCAUGGGGUUGGGCAGUGGGGUUUCUUCCCAGGAGGAUGCAAAAGGGUCCUGUUUAAGAACAGAGAUAAUAGAUACAUUUUGGAAUGAAAUGCACUUUUGAAUGUUUUCUCACAUUUAAAAUUGUGGCAUCAGAUAUUCCAAACAUGGAUCAGACAGGUUUUUAUACAGGGUACUCUUCUAGAAGUCAAGGAAGAAUUAAUCCCACUUGGCACAGUAUGAAUAUUUGAUGAUUGGAAAAGCUUUGGAUUAUGUUCAGUGAGAAUACUGGAAGGCAUUUCUGAAGAAAAUUGAUGUGGGGUCUAAAUUCUUAACCUUUAUAAGCAUCGUACAUAAAGCACCUCAUGUUUCUGUCUUUACCACUGGCACUUGGCUAAGAUUCAGCUAUGCUAAGAAUAUCAGCAGGAGUGUGUUUCAUCAUUAUAUGAUCUGGUUUUUAUGAACACAAUACUUUUAACUAAUAGAUUCUAUUGAGCCAUAAUCUUUCUUUUUAAAAAAAACAAAAACAAAGUUGCUGGCUAAACCGUAUACAUAAUUCUUUUAUCUAUAGAUUCGGGAAAGGUUUGUGAAAGAACCAGCAUUUGAAGACAUCACUCUAGAAUCAGAAAGAAAAAGAAUAUUUAAAGAUUUCAUUUAUUUACUAGAGGUAAUGAUACUAUGAUAAGAGCAUUGUCUGAUAGAUUUGAAACAGAUUUUUAAAAACUUAACUUAUUGAACUGAUCCCCUAAAAUAGAAGUGGAGAACUUUUUCUUCCUGUAUCUCUUAGUGAAAAUCUGUUGGAGCCUGCAUGCAAGUGGUGGGUGGGAGCCAGAGCCAAAAGUUGGUGAAGUCUUCCCUUUUCUCUCUCUUGCGGACACUCUCCCAAUUUUUUCCUCGGACAACUCAUGAACUAAAGCCGCCUUUCUCCAAUCUGGUGCUCUCCAAAGGUUUUGGAGUACAAAAGGCCUUGCCUAGCUUGCUUAUUAGAGUGAGCCAAAGGGGAUUAGCUGGGUGGGACCAAAGAGAAUAACGUCUCACUGGGGCAGGAGCAAGUUCCAGCCAUCCUUAAGGGGGCAUCACUGGACCAAGUUAUUUAUUUAACAACUAUCAUUGAAUGGGGAAUACUGUGGCAAGGUGCUUGAAAGGGUGAUGGCAGCCCAGCUUGGAUCAAUUUCAUUCAGGCUUCAUCUGAGGUCCAAAUAACAGAAGGAUGCUGCCCCUAAAAUAUUUAGCAGCAGGUGUCAGCAUUUGCCUGGACACAAAAUACUAUUGAAAGCAUAGCUUUGUAGAAUAUAUUUAUGGGGACAUUAGCUUCCUGUCUGAGAGUGAUCUGUAAUUAAUUUUAACGGUUGGCAUCAUCUUUUUCAUUAGAUUAUAUUUUUAAUAACCUAAACACUGGUAAUGUAUUCAUCAUCAGGAAGGAUUACAUGAAGAUGUCAGCCCUCCCACUGUUGGAACUGCUCUUUAAAUGUUGUGAUUCAUACCUCCCAAACAUCUUUAUUUGCAAGAAGUGUCCUGUCUUUCCAAAAUCUCAUUUGCUGUUAAGAAGAUGGAAGAGUAUGAACAAGUGUGGCUUUGCAAAGCCAAUAAAAGCCAGUGUCCAAAAAGGCAUGCAGUGCAGUUUCAAAAUAAAAGUAUAUAGAGGAAGUAUUUCAGAAUAGAGACUUAAAGAGAUACGCUAUACAUACUGUAUUUGUGUAGCAAAAAAUUUAACAAAACGCAUGCUUACUCUUUCAAAUGAGUCAUUUUUAUUCUUUCAAUGCUGCAGCAUGAGUGUCAACACCAUCAUUCAAAGAACAAGAAGCAUUCUAAAAAAUCAAAAAAACAUCACAGAAAAAGGUCUCGCUCUCGUUCGGUAAGAUAGAGUGCAGUAUUCAGUUGGUUCUUUUUACCACCCAGCCUUUAAAAACUAAUGUUACAUGUCAAAUACUCUUGCUUUAAAGGGUUCAGAAUCUGAGGAUGAUGACAGUCAUUCAAAGAAAAAGAGGCAACGCUCAGACUCUCGAUCAGUCUCCGAACGCUCCUCCAGCGCGGAAUCUGGUACUUUAAAAAAAAUCUUACCUAGCAAAAUAGAGAUUGCUUAGCAGUUAUCAACUUAAAUAACCCUGAUACCUAUUUAAUUCUAAUGCAUUAAUAGAGAGAAGCUACAAGAAAUCAAAGAAACACAAAAAGAAGAACAAAAAGAGGAGACACAAGUCUGUGAGUUUACCUCAGUUUGGCACUGUUCUCCCCCCACCCCACUCAAUUUCUUGUAUCUAUCUGCGAAACGAAGAAUUAAGGCGCACUUAAUAAAAUUGAACAACAGUGCACUAUUUUAUUAUUUGUAUGUGAAUUGUGUGGCUGUACAUUUGGUACAGCCAUUUUUUUCUUUUAAAAAAUUCCUAAAAAGUAGUUGUUGUCUUCCUUCCUAACUGAAUUCUUGAAAGUUAAAGCAUUCUGUAUCACUGAAGUUUCCUGUCCUGAAAGCUCACAAGCUGCUAGAUACUUCUCCUGAGCCAGAAAGUCUGAAUCCAGUUUGUUGUGCUUCACUUGCACAUAAUUUCUGUGCUAUGAAUAUGAUGUACAGUUAGAAGCCUUGCAGGUAGACAAGUCUUGUUAAGACUUGCAGCCAGUUGGCAUGAGUAAGAGCUAGGUUAACUCUCUUUAAAUGUUCAGUCAUGAUUUUGAAAGUUAGUAUUUUGAACAUGGAAGACCCAGGUUGAAAUUCCUGCCUGUCUUCACCAGACUGUUGUGUGGUAAUGAGAACUGAUAGAAAUACAGGCUUGGGAUAAUAGAAAGACUCUUGUGGAACUAGAGGUAGAUUCCCAUUGGCCCCACCCUUCUACAGUGUAUUCUCUGUGCAUCCUUGAUUUAUACUGUUUAUUUUACUCUGUACAGGAUUCUCCAGAAUCAGAUGUGGAUCGAGAAAAAGACAAAAAGGAGAGAGAAAAUGAAAAGGAAAGAAGUAGGCAAAGAUCUGAAUCUAAGCAUAAAUCACCUCCUAAAAAGCGACCUGGCAAAGAUUCUGUGAGUUUGCUUGGCUUUAUUGUGUUAACUAUCUUACCAGUAGAUUAGUGGUUGUGUGGUCUAAGAGUGGAAGGAUCUGCUAUUUCUGAUCGGUGUCACUAUUGCUUGUUUUUUACCCAUAAUAGUUAUUCUGCAAUUUUAAAAAAAACCUGGGGCCCUCCAGAUGAUGUUGGGUGCCAAUCAGUCCAGCCAGCAUGGCCAGUCAUCUGCAGUGAUGGGAGCUAUAUUCCAUUAUCUGGACAGCCACAGAUGUAUUUUAAUACAUAUAAGCUACCAAAACUAUCACAACAUUUGGAAAAGAACAAAUUGGUGGAUAACUGAUCCACACAUUGGCCCAAGAGGUCAUUUUGUAUAGCUGUAGUUUUGUUUUGGCCUUUCAAGUUUAUAUCCUUCCUUUAAACACCAAGCUUGUAUAAGGAAGCAUGGACUAAAGUGUAACAUUAUAUCUUCUCUUCAUCAACAAAAUUUCCUGAGAGCUUAUUAGCUGUAGCUGAAGACCUAAAGGCUAGAAUUUAAUGAUCUGCAUUUAAGUUUUGCUGGCUUCUGCCUGGCCCAAUUACAAUAUAGAUUGGCUCUGCUAAUUCUCAGUAGAGUGGCAACUGUGGAUCAUAAUGGCUUAAUGGGACUAAGUUAUUGUGGUUCAAGCAUAACAAACUAUUGUUUGGUCUCCAGAACUGUUUCUAGCUAAUACACAUCUCUUGUACAGUGGUACCUCGGGUUAAGAACUUAAUUCGUUCCGGAGGUCCGUUCUUAACCUGAAACUGUUCUUAACCUGAAGCACCACUUUAGCUAAUGGGGCCUCCUGCUGCUGCCGUGCCGCCGGAGCACAAUUUCUGUUCUUAUCCUGAAGCAAAGUUCUUAACCCGAGGUAAUAUUUAAAAGUAGUUAUUUGAAUUUGGUCAGUAGAUAGGCCUGAGGCCUGUAAUUUACCAGUGGUGCUAAAAAUUGUAUAGUUUGAGAGUUUCAAGUGAUUUUUAGUAUGAAAUCUUAGGUUGUCUAGUGAUGGCCAAACUGCAGCUCUUAAUAAAUCCUGAAAUGUUCAAAGUAACUACAACGACUGAAUUCUAAACUGUGGGAAAGAGUAUAUCAAUUAUUUUUCAUUGUCCUUUUUCAGGGUAAUUGGGAUACCUCUGGUAGUGAAUUAAGUGAAGGUGAACUAGAAAAACAAAGGAGGACCCUCUUGGAACAACUGGAUGAAGAUCAAUAAAAAGUAUUUAUACCAAAUAUGUUUACAAUGUGAUUUAAUAAGAAAUAUAGAUGAUUCAUUUCAGGAAAUGGAUUCCAAUGUUCCAUUGGCAUAGCAAUGGCUUUUCAGUUCUACUGCAUAACUAAAUAUUUCAAAUAAUAUCAUUGUGUGCCUGGCAGCAAAUUGUCAAAGACGGUGAACAUUCAGAAUUCAAGCUGAAGUUCUGCUUCUAAUAAGCUAGGCAGCCUGUAUAUAUACCCCAUGCACCUUGGCAUUCUUCAAAGAGCACAUUAAGAUGAACAGAAAAGCUUUUUAUUUUUGAGCCCUUUCAGUAGCGGCUUGGAAAAGUACUUGAGCCUUUCGGGCUUCUUGUGUCUAUAAAACAGCUCUUGCUAUGAAAGCCUAAACUUGUUUUUCUUGUCAAAUAAGGUCUGGGGGUGGGUAAGGGGUGCACAUGUUCUGUUCAGAAAGAUGCUCCUAUAAUUUUCUUGGGCUCCAUUUCUGUUGGGUUUUUUUAAUUACUUUUUUAUUUUGCAAGUGGAGGGAAAGGAAGAAGAGAGGGGAAAAUAUUUUUUCUUCAUUUAUGGUAGUCCAGAAUCCAUUAUUGGGUUUUUGUGUAUUACCUUGCUGGCCAAAAUGAUGUUUUAGGUGGUUUCUAUUGAAUUUUGACUUUAGGUUGAAAUGUGUAUCGAGUUUCACCCUGAAGUGAAUUUUUAGUGUCAAGUUUUAAAACUGUGAAAAAUAGAUUAAUUAAUGGAAAUCCUAAUAGGCCCUUAAUUUUCAAGGCUGUAAGGUAUGCUGAUGUAAUAACAUAGCUGCCAUUUUUUAUUAGAGAAGAACCUGGUAUAUGUACAAAGAAAAAAACCAAAUUGGCUAAGGGUAUUAUUUCAGCAUUAAUCUUAAUGUUACAGAAAAUAGCAAAAUCAGACUAAAUUGAUGCAAUAUGUUGCCUUAAGGACUUCCGAAGAAUGUACCACCAAGUUUUGGAAAGCAGUUGCAAUACUCUUGUCUAGAAAAAUCAAUGUUAACGUAAUACUUUUCUUUUGAAAGAUGUUGACCUAAUGUUGAAAACCUGGUCUCCUUUUAUUCUGUUCUUUUUCCUUUGUACUGAAUAGAUUCUGACCAGCCUUUGAUUAAAACUAUCAGCCCUAUACAUUGAGGAGUAUUGACUACUGUGGUACAGACUCUAAAAUCUUUCUGAUUUGAAUAUUUUUGUACAUUUUUAUCACUUAUUAAACCUUGUCUUCUAGCGUGCACUAGUAUUUUUUCUGUUUUUUAAAAAUGCUCUGUACAGCCAACACAUUACUGAUCUCACACAGUGUUACUGGUUAAGUUAAGUACUCUAGUGUGGUGCUUCCUUUUUAAUAUAUGUGUAAUCACAGCAACAAAAGAAAGGAGCUGUCAAAGAUCUGUAACAGCACAGAAGUGGAAUACUUAACAAUAUAUAGUGGUGGUAAUUCAAGAUUGGCCUUUUUAUUUGUGAAUUUUGCCUCUACUAUGCAAAUUAAGAAAUAAGGACAAAUAUAGCAGGCAUGUUGUUAUCCUUAGGUUUUACCAAUUUCUAUGGCGCUUGUGUAACAGUUUGCUCUACUUGCAAGUAAAAGGUUGGCUUCACAGUACAGUGGCUUGGAACUGACACUCCUAUAAGGGAACUCUGCUGAUUGGAGAGAAGCCAUUUUCACUGAUUUUUCCUUCUCUCCCCCCCCCCCAAUUGAUAGCGUAUGGGGGGAGACAUCAAACAGUACAGGGUUGUACACUGUGCAUUCUGAAUACUCUCAGGCGCAACAAAAUGAAUCAUCCCUCCUUUAUGGUGAUCACUUCUUAAUGAAAAAUUAUUCUUACUAAUUUUGUCUAGUUAUAUAGCUUAAGGUAGAGUGCAGUGAAACGUCCAGGAAAUUCCAGAGCAGUAAGUGUUAGGGAAUGAGAAUGUAAAAUGCUAUGACUUCCUGCUGACAUAGUGUUUGGGACUCUGCUUAUAGAAGAGAAUUUAAAUAUGUAUUUUGUUAAUGUUGAGGAGGAAAAGAAAAAAAACAAUUGCAUAUUUGGCUUCCUGUUUGAGAAACUGCAAGUACGGUUAACUCGCUCAUACUAAUUGCAUAGUUUGCUGUACAUGGAUUGGUAGCGCAUCAUGCUUCACACUCAGCUACAUACUGGUAUAGAGGUGGGGAAAGUGUCACAGUACUUAAAACAGCUAUGAAGGUAGCCGUUUUCCCGCUCCGAUGCAAGUGAUAUUUAUGUAAAAUAUUUUCUUAUUGCCGCCUUGCAUAAUUUACAUGAAGAAACAUGUUUCUAAGUAAACAUUACUUUUUAAAGCGUUGUCUUUAUUUUUCCAUUAAAAAUAAAAAGCUUUAAGUA